AUGUCGCACCUUUCCGACUCGUUUUUGGAUCAAAAUCCAGCAUCUGAAGAGGAAGAUGACGAUUUCAAUCCAGCGCCCGCUGAAGAUUCUGAUGCUGAGCGUGACGAUAAUGCGGAACGCAAAAAUGAAAACCGUAAUCCUGACAGUGACGUUGAAGAUGCUAAUUCCGAGAAUGAGAGGAUUACCCGUACACCAGCGGCCAGACAUCAGGAUGGGGAUCGUGAAGUUGAUAGGGUGAAUGAAAAAGCGGAAGAGAAUGGGGACGCAGAAGGUGACGGCGAAGCGGAGGGAGAAGAUGAGGGUCAGGAGGAAGACGAGGAUGAAGAAGAAGAAGAGGAGGAGGAAGAAAUAACUGGCCGCCCACGGAAGCGUAGACGAGGUGGACUGAAUAACUUCUUCGAAGAAGAGGCAGAGGUCGAAGAAGAAGAAGAGGAUAUGGAGGAGGAAGAAGAAGACUUGGAAGCUGAAUUUCUUCAUCCUGACGACGAUGCAAUCCUGCCCGCUGGCGCCGAAACCGAUGACCGCAGGCAUCGUGAACUUGACAGAAAGCGAGACCUUGAGGCAUCCAUGGACGCAGAGAAGCAAGCGCAAGCUCUUAAGGAACGAUAUGGACGGAAUCGCGCUGCGGCAUCUGAUUUGGUCGUUGUCCCUAAGAGAUUAUUGCUACCCAGUGUCGAUGACCCCAGCAUAUGGGCCGUCAAGUGCCGCCCUGGCAAGGAACGCGAGAUAGUUUUCAAUAUAAUGAAGAGAAUGGAGGAACGGCAUCCAGGCUCAAGAAACCCUCUUCGGAUCACAUCCGCAUUUGAGCGAGGCGGGACCAUGAGCGGUUAUAUCUACGUUGAAGCCCGCAAGCAGGCAGAUGUCAUGGAUGCUUUGGAAAAUCUAUCCAACGUCUUCAUUAGAUCAAAAUUGACCUUGAUAUCUGUGAAGGAGAUGCCUGACCUUCUCAGAGUACAGAAAUCAGAGGAAUUGCAACCUGGAGGCUGGGUCCGAAUCAAGCGAGGAAAGUACCAGGGUGAUUUAGCGCAAAUAGAAGAAGUGGAAACCAACGGGCUCGAAGUCACCGUUAGACUUGUACCACGUCUCGACUAUGGCCUAAACGACGAUGUUCACAUUCCAAAUGGCGACUCAAAGCGGAAACGGCCUGGUGGCGCGAAUGCUGCAGUGGCUCGCCCUCCUCAGCGCCUGUUCAGCGAAGCAGAAGCAAAGAAGAGACACGGAAGAUAUCUAUCUGCAGCCGCUGGCCUAGGCGGCAAGUCGUGGACCUACCUUGGCGAUACUUAUAUCGACGGUUUCCUCAUCAAAGAUAUGAAAAUCCAACACCUGAUCACCAAGAACGUGAAUCCCCAACUUGGCGAGGUUACAAAAUUUGCACGAGGCGCCGACGAUGGUACUGCAAACCUAGAUCUGGCGUCGUUAGCCGCCAGUCUCAAAAACACUACCGGCGAGGAUUCCUAUGUGCCUGGGGACACCGUUGAAGUAUUCAGUGGCGAACAGCGAGGCGUUGUCGGUAAAGUCUUAUCCGGUCGCGCAGAUAUCGUUUCCAUUACUGUAACAGAGGGCGAAUUGGAAGGUCAAAGACUCGAGGUUCCGGUCAAAGGUCUACGGAAGCGGUUCAGUGAAGGUGAUCAUGUAAAAGUCAUCGGUGGCAGCAAAUAUCGAGAUGAGCUCGGAAUGGUGGUUCGAAUCAAGGAUGAUCGAGUUACACUGCUCACCGACAUGAGCAUGCAAGAGAUCACAGUUUUCAGCAAAGAUUUGCGGGAAGCAGAUGAUGCUGGUGUCGACGGAAAACUUGGCCAGUACGAUGUUCAUGACCUUGUCCAGCUCGACCAAACCACCGUUGGUUGCAUUAUCAAGCUCGAUCGCGAGUCCAUGAAAGUCAUCGAUCAACACGGGUCAAUCAGAAAUUUGCUCCCAUCGCGAGUUAUCGGAAAGAUUGAACUUCGACGGAAUGCAGUGACUACCGAUAGAAACGGCGCUGAAAUCAAGUAUGGUGACACUGUCCGUGAGGUUACGGGCGAGCAGAGGCUAGGCGUCAUCCUCCACGUGCACAGAGCGUUCCUUUUCAUGCAAAGUAAGGUGGUUGGGGACAAUGCUGGUAUCAUUGUAUCGAGAGCAUCCAACGUCGUGACUGUGGCCACCAGUGGAGGAAGUUUGGCACCCCGGGGCCCGGAUUUGUCCAAAAUGAAUCCCGCAUUGCAGAAAAACGGGCUGAACGGAUCUGGUAUGCCGCCACCUCGAACUGUUGGAAGAGAUAGAACUGUUGGCAAGACGGUCACCAUUCGUAAGGGUCCGUAUAAGGGUCUCCUUGGUAUUAUCAAGGACACAACAGACGAUAUUGCAAGAGUUGAACUACAUUCUGUCUCUAAGGUUGUUCCUGUUGAAAAGGAAAAUCUUACCAUUAAGGAUCCAAUAACUGGUCAGCCCAUUGAUCUUCGUCAAUUUGGUCGUGGAGCUGGCCGUGGAGGUUCCCGUAUCCCCCAGUCUUCAGCUGCUCCUCCAAGAUCACAAAGUUCCUGGCAAGGUGGUAGAACCCCCAUGGCAGCAAGUGACUCUUCUCGCACACCUGCAUGGCGUGCUUCGUCCUCAAGAACUCCUGCAUGGAAUGCCGCCGCAAGUGGUGCUCGCACUCCGUCUUGGAAGACGGACGGCUCACGAACAGUCAAUGCCUAUGAUGCCGGAUAUAAGACAACACUUGGAAGCCGAACUCCUGCUUGGGCAGCCGGCAGCAAAACGCCCCGUGAUUUCUCGUCUGGAUUUGGUGGAUCUUCGUCGAAUUCUGGGGCCUCUGGAUUUGAUGCUUUCCUUGCAGGCUCUCGAACUCCGGCUCAUCACGCUGCUUUUGGUGGUUCUCGCACACCUGCUUGGGGCCAUGGCUCUGGUUCUGGCGGCAAGGCUUUUGACGCCCCCACCCCAGGUGGAGACUACGCCGCUCCUUCUCCCGCAGCCUUUGGGGCCGCACCAACACCCGGUGCAUCUGCUCCAACGCCUCGUCCGUGGAACGAUACCGCUCCAACCCCUGGAGCGACCAGCGCACCCACACCUGGCGAUUCUGCUUACAGUGCUCCUACUCCUGCGGGUGGAAUGGGUCUGCCGGCCACACCUGGUGCGAUUGAUGAUGGUGGGCCAAGGUACGAAGAAAGGACGCCUAGCCCGUGA